AUAUUAUAAAGAAGGCGCUCGCGAGGCUUUCGUUUCUUCACCAUAGCAACCACGGUCUGGUAAAUCGUCGCGUCUUCUUCGUUGUAGGCCACCGCCGGUUCGUCAUGGCAGAGCUGGGUCUAAAUGAUCACCAUCAGAAUGAAGUGAUCAACUAUAUGCGACUUGCACGUUCUAAACGUGGUCUGCGCCUCAAGACAGUAGACUCUUGUUUUCAGGACCUUAAGGAAAGCAGGCUUGUGGAAGACACAUUCACUAUAGAUGAAGUGACAGAUAUGUUGGAUGGCUUACAGACUGUAGUGCACAGCGAGGUGGAAUCAGAACUUAUUAACUCAACUUACACCAAUGUAUUACUUUUACGGCAAAUUUUUUCCCAGGCAGAGAAGUGGUAUCUUAAAUUGCAGACUGACUUUUCAGAACUGGAAAAUAGGGAUUUAUUAGAACAAGUUGCAGAGUUUGAAAAAUCAGAAUUUACAUCUUCAAAUAAGAAGCCGAAUCCAGAGCUGGUUAAACCUAAACUUACUCCAUUGCAUGAGGGAGCAUCAGAAUUGCUAAACAAGGAAAUUGCAAGACUUCAUGAAGAAAAUGAAAAAUUGAAGACCCGAUUAAAGACAAUAGAGCUACAGGCCACAAACGCACUAGAUGAAAAAUCAAAGUUAGAAAAGGCUUUACAGGACCUACAGAUUGCUCAGGGGGAUCAAAAGUUUAACACUACUCAGGAUAUUAGUGAACUAGAAAAUACUGUGGCUGAUUUGAAGUGUCAGUUUGAAAAGACUUUGCAAGAUAGUACCGCAAGCCAAAAAUCCUUGGAAGAGAAUCUGGCAUCAACAAAACAUGACCUACUUAAGGUUCAAGACCAAUUGGCUCUGGCUGAAAAGGAAUUAGAAAAGAAGUUUCAACAAACCGCUGCCUAUCGCAAUAUGAAAGAGAUUCUCUCCAAGAAGAAUGAGCAGAUAAAAGAGCUACGAAAGAAGCUUUCAAAAUAUGAGCCAGAUGAUUAAGAUCUGAAGAGCCUGUUUUGUUUCAAGGAACUGCCACAAAAUGAAAAUACAGGAGAUUUUGGGAAAGGAUCUAUUUUUCAAUAAGUUUCAGUGUAUGUUUUCCAAGCAGCUUAUUUCCUUUUUUAAACAUUACUGUAUUCUUAGAAAGCCAUAAGUGAGCGUUCAGAAUAAAGAAAAAGACAUAUUUGUGGUUUAGGCCCAAUUUAAAUGUUUAGUUCAUGUAUUGCCUAAGAACUACAAAUACAGAGCAUUUACCUAUUUCUUUGUAUAGUAAAAAAGUUUAUUAUGAACAGUAGUUUAAAAUGUUAAUUAUAGUUCUGUACAUACUGUUCUGGAAUCAAAGUGCGGGAACCAAAACAGGCAAAAUAAUCAAAGCUCCCUGCAGUGUUUAUUUAGACAGUAUGCACUGGAGGGGAGCCCACCAGAGGUUAGUGAGAGACAUCCCUGCAAACAAAAGAGAUGCACUGACAUUUAUACAUUUCAGAAAAGGGGAAGGGAAAAGUGAUGCAGGCAUACAUAUGUAAUAGGUCUCGAGUUACGUCCUGCCCUCUGCUGUCAGUUUCAAAGAGACCUACUGGACAGAUUCAUGAGUUGCCAUGGGGUGCUCUGAUAAAAUUGGUGUAAGCCAGCUCCAAGGCUAUUGCAGAUUCCUUAUGCUGCAAUUGAACUUAUAUAUUCCCAUUCAUCUGAAAACUUUUUUCCCUCACAGUUCUCCGCCCUUUUGACCUCCAGAAGAUCAAAAUACAUGUCUGACAGGGAAACUGAAUUCAGCCUUGCACUCCCCUGGAGACAAUUGCUGAACAGUCCCGCUAAACAUUGCCCAGUGCAAAGUAGUAGGACUAUUGCAGCCUGGAGAGCUAGGUAUCCUAGGGCCAAAUUUUGCAACCAAUCUGUGCCAGGUCACCAAGAGGUAAACCAAGUCCAUAAAGUACUGGGGCUUGUUCUGAACUCACUUUGCCAGAUCCCUUAAAUCUUGCACAGUGGUUUUUAUUCAUAGGGAAUUGUCAGUGAGGUUAAAACAGCACAUUCCUGGAAAUUCUUCACAUUUUAAACAACAUAAAGUCAAUGGCAGGUCUGUUUUACAAACUGUUCCUGCUUCUCAUUGAGGAGAGUUGUAACAUUUGAAGUUUUGUUUAUAGUUUUUGUAACUAAGCAAGCUAGUUUUUUUGAUAUUGAGAUAGGCUCUGGUUGCUAAAACUGGUGUGCCAGUUAUGGAGAUAGCAAGCCCAUAAACAUCUCUGGUAUUUAACAGCCCAAUGUGAUCAUCACAGUCACCAUCAAGUGGUGGGCCCUCAAUAAGGUAUUGGUGCACUUGCCUGGGUUUGUGAUGAGUGUAAUUCUGGACAACUGGUACUGCAUGAAAUGAGUUAAACACCCAAUUGCACAGGGGCCUCUCAAGGAAUUGCUGGAAAGUAUGAAAAGGCAUGGUUUCCACACAACAGAUACCAUCCCUUGGGCAAGUAGUAGUGAAUUUGUGCAUAGCCCAGCUCUAUUACUUCUGUGCAAUUUUUCAGUGCUGAUAAGAAAAGCAUGUCUUUUUGUCAUAACAGCCAAACACUCACACAGUUUUGCCCUGGCACAUGCCUUUGGUUUCUACCCUGUAUAAUGCUUGGUUGGUCCACUGGUGUUAGUGGCCAUAGACUCAACAUAUAGAAGGAUUUGCCCUAGGUGAUCAAGGAUAUAUGGCUUAAAUAUUGGGGUCAGCUUAGUAACAGUACAAGUAUCUCCAAAAAUUGCUGUGGUACUCCUAUAAAGCAUAUUUUGAACACAGAAUCCCAAUUUGUUCCCCUGAUAGCACAGAACGGUUCCCCAGGUGGGAUGAUGGAAUGGACUACGAUUAAAUAAGAGUUAUUUGUAGGUAGCCAGUCCUGUGACUGUUGCAUCCUACAUCUUAGCAAUUGCAAAUAAACCGCACUGAGCAAUAUAAACACAAUUUUUAGCAGAGCCAUUGCUUUGCUGUGAGGCAGAAAGUAAGGAAAAAGAAACAACGGCACAAUAAAGCAAGCUAAAUAUGAUAACUGCAGGAGCCGUUAAACUAUUAAGAGUCCAUUAAAACUUAUCUUCAGAGUUCUUCAGGAUUUCAUAGUCAGAACUUCACUUGUCUUGUUCUUCC